GAGCGCCUCGUGACGUCGUUGAGCGGUCCGGAAGGACUAAACACGUGUGUCCUCUCUCAGCUCCCAGCCCUUUGGCCUUGCUGUCACUCUCGUGGCUAUGGGUCGCUCCCGCCGUACAGGCGCGCACCGAGCGCACUCCUUAGCCCGCCAAAUGAAGGCCAAGCGGCGACGGCCAGACCUGGAUGAGAUUCACAGGGAGCUGCGGCCUCAGGGUCCCACACGGCCCAGGCCCGACCAGGACACCGUGCCCGACCCUGACUUGCCAGGAGGUGGCCUGCAUCGCUGUCUGGCCUGCACGAGGUACUUCAUCGAUUCUGCCAAUCUGAAAACUCACUUCCGAUCCAAAGACCACAAGAAAAGGCUGAAGCAGCUGACCGUCGAGCCCUACAGUCAGGAAGAGGCCGAGAGGGCAGCGGGCAUGGGCUCCUAUGUGCCCCCCCAGCGUCUGGCAUUGCCCACGGAAGUAUCUACUGAGGUUCCUGAGAUGGGCACCUCUACCUGACAUGACCCAAGUAUGCAGGGCAGAGGAGCUGCCCAUGGACAGUGGUGCAAGGGCUAGGCUGGGAGAGAGGGUACCAAACCAUUUGGAGCCCUGGGUUUACUGAGUAGAUGGCCUCUCCUGGGUGCCCUCCGCCCAAUAAAGGAACUGGAAAAGAGGGCUUA